GGAUUGAAAUAUUUGGAACUUCAUUGAUUGUUUACAUUUGCAUUUUCCGAAAUCUUUUCAUAAUCUUUAAAAUUCAAUUCAACUAUAAUUACAAUUAAAUAGCUGAAUAAAAGGAAUAAAAAUGGGCGAUAAGAACUCCGAUCAAAGUAUCAUGGAUAAAUCCAUGCGAUCAGUAUUCGUUGGAAAUAUCCCAUAUGAAGCAACAGAAGAAAAACUCAAAGAUAUCUUUAGCGAAGUUGGACCUGUUUUGUCUUUGAAACUUGUUUUUGAUCGCGAAAGUGGAAAACCGAAGGGUUAUGGAUUCUGUGAAUAUAAAGAUCAAGAAACCGCUUUGUCAGCGAUGAGAAAUUUAAACGGCUACGAAAUUGGUGGAAGAACAUUACGAGUUGACAAUGCCUGUACAGAAAAGUCUCGAAUGGAAAUGGCAGCCUUACUGUCAGGUCCACAAGUUGAAAAUCCUUACGGUGAACAUUGCGAUGCUGAAGCCGCUCCAGAAAUCAUCAGCAAAACUGUUGCAUCACUUCCACCUGAGCAAAUGUAUGAAUUGAUGAAACAAAUGAAAGAAUGCAUUCAAAAUAAUCCUCAUGAAGCUCGUCAAAUGCUUCUUCAAAAUCCUCAACUUGCUUAUGCUUUGUUACAAGCUCAAGUUGUCAUGAGAAUUUUGGAUCCAUCUCAAGCAGUGACAUUCCUCUUCAAGCCGAAUCAAAUGCCACCAGUUUUGACAAACCAAACAACCCAACAAGGAAUCCAAUCAAUGAUGAACGCCACUUUAUCAACAAUGGGUCAACCACCUGUUGGAGUUCCUGCAUUUGGACAGGAUACUGAUCUUCGUUCAGUUGAUCCACGUUUAGCACGCCAACAACAAAUGAACAGCGUUUCAAUGCAAGGAUCAAUGGAUCUCGACAUGCGCAUGAUGCCACCAAAUCCAAUGCAGAUGGGAAUGCACUACGAUCAAAGAAGUAUGCCACCAUCAUCAGGUUCCAUGCAACAACGACAAUUCCCAUCAGAUCCUAGACAAAGAGCUAACAACGAUCCACGUGAUCCAAGACAAAAAGGGCCGCCACCACAACAACAGCAACAACAAUCAUCCAGUUUUGCUGCGCAACUUCAUCGAGGAAUUUCUAACGAUGCAACUGAUCAAGAAAAAGCAGCGCUCAUCAUGCAAGUUUUGAAACUCACAGAUGAACAGAUUGCAAUUCUUCCACCUGAGCAACGAGCUUCGAUUCUUCAACUGAAAGAACAAAUUGCAAAAAGUGCAAACUUAAAAUAG